GACCUAAGCAUCAUCGUUCCCCAAGAACAUACACCAGAGAGGAUCGAUGAAUUCUCGUCCACCCAUGGAGGCUCCUCCCUACGCCGACCACCACCGCCACCACCACCACCGCCGCCGCGAGCCGCCGAGGUUCGCUCCCCCGCCUCCUCCUGCUCCUCCUCCUCCUCACCGUCCUCACUUCCCCGAAGACCCCAGCGUUUACAUCCCCCACCACCGCCACCACCACCACCACCACCACCACCUCCACGAUCACCACAAGAGCCGCCAGCUGCUGCUCCCCCCACAACCGCUGCCGCCGCCGCCGCCGCCGCCGCUGCAGCCACAUCCGCCGUCGCAGUCCUACAACCCUCUUCCCGCUGCUCCUCCCCCUCCUCCAGUCCUACCUCCCCCGUCGCUGCAAUCGCCGUUCACGUUUCGGACCUUCAACCCGAUCGACGACGAUCGCCGUAGACGAUCGGUUUGUCCCCACAACAACAAUCGCCUCAGCGAUGUCCGUCGCCCGGAAUUGGCGAUUGUGGCUGAUAAUCAUGUUUCGAGUCCGUACGUGCAAGUCGAUUUGGAUCGGGACUCUCGUUACCACGUUAAGCGCAAUGCAGAUGCGAUUCCUAGAUUUAGGGACGACGGCGUGGAUGGGUUUGAAUCCCGUCGGCAAGAUGAUUUCUCGCGGAUGCGGUCUGUCAUUUAUGAUGGCUCUUUCAGGAGCUCUGUAUCAAGUUCUGCUAACAUUCGUGGACUGAUUGAAGACGGCGAACUUUUUAGUAAUGAUAGGAUGGAUCUAUUGAGUGAAAAACACAGGAGGUAUAGUCAUAGGCAGGUUCCAUCUGUAGGUUUGCAUGACUUAGUUUUCGAGACUAGGGAUCAUGAGAUUAGCGAUGUCGAUGGCAUGCCAUAUGUUUCUGGAGAAUCACAGGUUCAUGAGUCUGAUUGGGGAAGAUAUAGCAGCAGUGCUAGAAGAAGCAGGGUAGGUUUUCAUGAAUAUAGUGUCACGCCAAAGAAACAGGUGCAGAAAAAGAGUGCUUUUCUGAGGCUUCAAUUGCCGAGAGCUGAUCGAAGGAAUGGGGACGAUGAGAGGUUGCACAGUUUUAAUCAUCGUGAUGAGAGCGGUUCUGGUUCCUUUAGAGGUAAAGGGCCGCUUGUGUUUCCUGAUCAUGUCAUGAAAGAAAAGAGAGAAGGAAGAUCAGUGGAGCUUGAUGUUUCUUUCAAAUCCAAUUCCUUGGUAGCCAAAGCAGUUGUUGCACCAACAAGUUCAUUGACUACUCCUGACAAAGAUUUGACUCCAAGGACCAAGAGAUUGAAGAGUAUUGAUGCAUUGAAUGGGGGUUUUACCAGUUCACUCAUUAACAAACCUGACAAGAGCAUGGUAUAUCUAACCAGACCUCCCGAGUUUGCCAAUUGUACUUUGAAGGAUUCAAAACCAUCAGAAGAGGGAGUUGUUGCAGCAUCUGAUACAGGGAGUAAGAUCAACAAUCAACCCUGUUCCAAGGGAACCUCUAGCUCAGUUGGUAAGGGUAAGGCGUAUAAGUCUUACUACACUCCACUUCUAGAUCAAGAUAGUCUUGUCCUUCAAUCUGGAAUUAUGGCAGUUUCUGGUGGAAAAGUUAAUGAGACACAUUCUGAGAUGAAUUUAGAUUCCUAUAAAGUUGAUACAAGUAUGAGUUAUGGCAAGGGAAUUUCUUUCAAGACUGGUAUAGCUUCUGGAUCUGAUAGUGGUAACAUUCGAGGCAUAGAAAACGAUAACAUUCUUGCCAAUAAGUCACCUACUGUAAAGAUUGAAAAGAAGAAAAAAGUCACUAAGAAAGCAGUUAAGAGAGUCAGAGUAGUGAAAAAAAUUAAACCUCAUUCAGAGAUGAUGACUUCGAAGCAUCUGCAUGGAAAUGAUGAUCACAUGAGAACAGAUAGUCCUGGUGUGACAGGGUUUGACGAGGGUGCUAAUCCUUCAAAAGAAGAUACUACUUGUGCUGCAAUGUUUCAUGAUGUAGGAGCAAAUGAUGUUUCCAAUGAAGUGUCUGAUCUGCUCCAGACAAAUGAUGUGAAAGGAAAAUUUCAAGGUGUUCCAUUGCGGGAAUGUGGCCGUGAUCCUAUUAUUUUGGAAACAUCUCUACCUCAAGAUAUUGGAGAGAAUUGUGGUGCACCUUGUCCUAUCCAUUCCGCUGUGGUUGAAGAAAUAAAGGCAUGUCAUACCAAUUCUGACAGUUUUUUGGGGUGCCUGCAUACCAAUUCAAGUUCCUUGGAGAAUAUUCCUGCACCGCCAUCUAAAAAUACUUUUGAGACUGGUAUAGAGAAGUUCAGUUCGAUGCAUGAGAAUGAUGCAGCCAGACUAUCUUAUAUGCUGGGCAAUGGCCUUCCUAGUUUGUCAAGUUUAAAGGACAUGAACAUUCAUGGGGUUUCUACCGGUAAUACUGUCCCUUCCAGGAGGGAAAUUACUGUCUCAAGUUCUGAUAAAUUCCUAGUUAGAUCUCAAGAUCCAAGUGCUGCUUCAGGUCUGAGAGUUCCUGAUGCUUCUGACAGUAACUCUUAUCAUAAUCAAGUUAGUGCAUCAGAUUUGCGAGUAGCUGGAGGCAAUUCCUCAAAAUUUGCAGGUAGCAGUACUGGCUGCAAUCCUGCCACUUCUUCUGCUAAUUUAGAUGAAAACACGACCUUCAAGGAUAGCACCAUUUUUCAUGAUUUGAGGCAAUCAUCUUCAGUAGAUCUCCCUGCGUCACUUGAUAUUCAUGACAGCAAAGGGAGUUUAUCGAUAGCUGAGUCUCCCGUUGAAGUUUUAAAAAACCGUACCACAAAUGUAAUAGACAUUAGACAAGAUGGGGUCUCUCAACUAGAUUUACCGACUUCAAACACAGCAGAAACCUGCAGGGAGACUGUAAAUAUUUCAUGCUGUAGCCCUUCAGAUGCUUUAGACAUCUGCAUAAAUCUGCCUGUCAAGGAUUUUGGGCUCCUAAUAGCUACAGCCUCUCGUGUUGGAUGUCUGGACUCUGGCUUACCCUCUGGUUCACAUAGGCAUGAUGUUUCACAUGGAAAUGAAUUGAUAGAUGAACUUUCUGAUUCAAAGGAUUUAAGUAAGAAGGGGAUUGGUGCUGAUGAAUAUGGAAAUCCAUCUACUUAUAAAAAGAGAGGAACUACUUCUUCUCAUCCUGGUUUCUCUGAUUUGGCGACAUACCAGAGCAAUGAUAUGGGUCUGCUGGCUGAUAGCCAUGCAUCUUGCUCAGAGAUGCAAUUAACUGCUUGCAACAGUCUCAAACAACCUGACGUAGAGGUUGCAACACCUCCUAUGAAUACUCUGGAUGGUAAUAAUUCAUCACCGAGUUGGAUAGCAAAGGAUAUUUCUUCGAUGAAAUCUGUGGAUGCUGUCAGGUCUGCUGCAAAUAGGUCCGUUCAUGACCCAGUCCAACUUCCGCAAUCAGUUUUUGAUUCUGGAUUGCUUGGUGUAGGGGCAUCAAGCAUCCGAAAUGAGUUUUCACUCAGUCAAUCGAUAAUGGAGGAAAACCAGAAAGAUAACAUUCCAGUUAAAGCCACAAGUGAUCAUCUUAAUGGGGUUCUCGAUAUAGAAAAAAAUAGGGCAAAGAAAGUGGAUUUACAUUCUGUAAAAGCGCAAGUGAUGGGGUUGGGUGAGAUGGCUGACUGCAGAUCUUCAGGAGCCCAUGUUUUGACUCAGGAAUCAGGAUCACUCAUUGCAGUCAGGAAAACUGAUAGUGACAUUCAUGAAGUGGAAGAAUCACCCUCCGUGUCAACAUAUGUGCCGUCAUCUGCCGAUGGUGACGGAAUCUACAAUUCUAACUCCAAUGAUGAAGGAAUAGAUUCUGUGCUUCAUCCAAUAUCUGAUAUGAGUUCUCCAGAAAAUAUAUCUAAUUACUUAGUAACGCAGAUUCCCAGGUGGAAAUCAUCUAUAGACGAAAUUCCUCCUGGAAGGUUAGGUGUUAAGGAUGCUCAAGAAAAAGAGAACCUCAUGGUUGGUCGAGGUUCAGAGAUAUCUGUCCUUACUUUGUCUUCGCAUAGUACCAAAGUCAGUCGGAUAUCAGAUCAUAGAAUGGAAACUGAUUGCAUUAGCCCUGAGAAGGAUGUAAUUUUGUCAUCAGAAGGUUUGAAAAAGACUGAAAACAGUCUGAAGAAUGCAGAACCAUAUGGUAUGUGGAAUCAACCAAAUCGUGUUAUGCAGAGAUCAUUCCCAGGUCGUUCGUCCUUUGCUUCCAAGACUUCAAAGAUGAUCUCUUCUGCUAAUGGUACCACAAAAUCAAAUACAUGGUAUCGGCCAAGCAAUUCAUCAGUUUCUCUCUCAGGAAAGAAGCCGGUUUCUAGCAUAGUAGCUGUCAAAAGGCAGUUUACAGUAGAUACUGGGGAGCUUUAUAUCCGAAAAGGUAAUAGUCUGGUCAGAAAACCAGGUGUAGAUACUUGCCAAUCCCAGAUCCGUCAUGUUACAAGCUCAGCUGCAGACAGAAUAAAUUCAUCUGGUGAAGAUGACUUAAAGAGGAGCAUAGGAACUGGAAAAGUUGAUAAUCUUAAUCACAAGGUAGAUCUGUUAGGAACGGGAGGAAUGAGUGCUUCUCUUGAGAAGCCAAAGACAUCUUUAUUACCAAGUGGUCAUAAUCUGCCCAAUCACACUGCCAUGUCUUCAGAGGACUGCACAUUUUUAAACUCAGUUGGACCUUUACUUGAUGGUUGCUUUGGUAUUAGAUUAGAUUCUGUGGAUUGUACAUUAAGCAGUGAUCAGCUAGACACCAGCAAGGAUGCAUUGAAGAUUUCUGAAACUCGUGAAGACCAAUUUUGUUUGGCAAAUAAGUUGGAACAAAUGAAAGAACUGCCCAAUGAAAGUUUGACGACAUCAGGUUUGAAGAAGAUAACAUACGUGAAGCGCAAAUCAAAUCAGUUGGUUGCAACAACAGAAUCAUGUGAUCUGCCCACCCAGAUUGUUCAUAAGACCCAAGUCUUAUCCUCUGAUGGCUACUUCAAACGGAAUAAAAAUCAGCUUAUAAGGACUUCGAUGGGCACUAUAAUGAAGCAGAUGUCUGCCCUGCCUGUACACAGUCGAAAUUCAGAGGUGCAGGGGGCUCCGGCAGUUUCAUGUGGAAGAAGACUUAACAGGGGACUAUCUUCUAAAGUGUGGACUCUGUGGGGUUCAAAGCUGUCGAAAAGUUACAGAGAUCCAUUGCAUCAUCAAAAAUGUUACCAAAAGGUCCUUCCACAGCUGUUCCCUUGGAAAAGAGCAACAUACUGGCGUAGAUAUAUGCAGACAACUUGCAGUCUGGAUGAUAAAUCUUCAUCUGCAAUCAGUAGAAGAUUAAUGCUGUUGAGGAAGAGGGAUACUGUCUAUGUUAGGUCAGCUCAUGGGUUAUCACUUAGAAAAUCUAAGGUGCUAAGUGUUGGUGGGGCAAGUUUAAAGUGGUCGAAGUCCAUUGAAAGGCAAUCAAAGAAAGCUAAUGAGGAUGCAACACGAGCUGUUGUUGCGGCUGAGAGAGAGAAAAAAGAACAGAAUGGUAGUUUACCAGUGUCCUCCAGAACAAAAAGCAAAUUUCGUUCAUCACGAGCGGGAGAGCGUGUAUUCCGGAUUGGUUCUGUUCGAUACAAAAUGGAUGCUUCAAAAAGGACACUACAGAGAAUUUCAGAUGAUGAAUCGGCUUACUCUUCUGUUUCCCAAGCAAAAGAUGAUACUAGGAAAUCAUAUGUUCCGCGGAGAUUAGUGAUUGGCAACGAUGAGUAUGUAAGGAUUGGAAACGGGAACCAGCUUAUUCGAGAUCCAAAGAAACGAACUCGGCUUUUGGCAAGUGAGAAAGUGCGGUGGAGUUUGCAUACUGCCAGAUUGCGGUUGACUAAAAAGCGGAAAUACUGUCAGUUUUUUACCAGAUUCGGAAAAUGCAACAAGGAUGAUGGAAAAUGUCCCUAUAUUCAUGAUCCCUCCAAAAUUGCAGUUUGCACAAAAUUUAUAAACGGGUCAUGUUCAAAUAAGGAUUGCAAGUUGACUCAUGAGGUCAUUCCUGAAAGAAUGCCAGAUUGCUCUUAUUUUCUGCAAGGUUUGUGCACAAACAAAAAUUGUCCCUAUAGGCAUGUGAAUGUCAAUCAGAAUUACCCUACAUGCCAAGCAUUUCUUAGGGGCUAUUGUCCUGACGGGAAUGAGUGUCGGAAGAAGCACAGCUACAUAUGCCCAACUUUUGAAGCAACUGGCAGAUGUCAGCAAGGAUCCAAAUGCAAGCUUCACCACCCGAAAGGCCGUAUUAAGGGAAAGAAAAGAAAACGAUCAGGUGAAAAGAGCAGUUUAGGUCGUUACUUUGGGUCCAUGACAAUCAGAUUAUCUAAGCAAGGAACAGCAGCUUCUGAAAGGGUCCGUGUGGAAGAUAAUGAUGACAAUACUGUCUUUUCUGAUUAUAUCAGCCUUGAUGUUAGUGAUGACGAAGAGAGAGAAAGUGAUGACCCCAUGAUAUUUGAUGAAAUCGAUCCUUUGGAUGUACGAUUGGAUGAUCUGGAUGAGCAAAUUAAGCCAAUACGCAUCAUGGACAGGAUGCCGGCAAUGUAAUCCCCUCCAGACUGGGUAGCUCUCUCUUACCCCUCGUCCUUGGAUCAAGUGUUUGAGCAAGUUUACUCAUCUUCUGAACUUCUCACUACGACUAAUAUUCAUGGUGGCAAGGAAUGACUUUUGAGACAAUUUCUUGCUUGUGGUGAGACUUCUAUGCUGAUCCGGGAAUUUCAUCUGAGUGAGCGCAGAUUUGAUGAUUAAGCAGAGGAUGACUUCAACAACAUAUUUUUUCUCCUCCUCCUAGGAUUUGAAGCUUUUGUUUUCUUCUUUUCGCCCCAUUUCCCUUUUCCUAUAGAAAUUUUCUGGUUGCUUUCUGGGGUUAUACGGUAGUGUACAUGUGUGUAUACAAGAAAAUAAUAUUAUGUUAACAGAACAAUGAAAUUGUUAUAUAGCAAGUGGCCCAUUUUUGGUGCUCAGUGAUAUAGAAGUUGGCGUUUUGGUUUUA